CAAAGAAGCCAGUGGACUAGAAGAGAACUUGUUCACUUGUUUGGCAACUUUCAAUCAUUUGUACUUUUAACUUCCACAUAAAGGUGCACUAGCCAACGCGUUUUGCACGAUAAGUUAUCAAAAUCAAGGACUCAUGGCUGAAGUUGGCAAUGUAGCUUGCACUGAAAGAAGAUGGAACAUACCAAUCUUUGUUUUCUUUGAAGACAUUAGGAAUGUCUUUAAAUUCGACGAUCUUGGCAUGGAAAUCCUACGUAUCGCGUUCCCUGCAGCUCUUGCAUUAGCUGCUGAUCCUAUUGCUUCUCUCAUUGAUACAGCAUUCAUCGGUCAUUUAGGGGCAGUUGAAAUUGCAGCAGUAGGAGUUUCAAUUGCCAUUUUUAAUCAAGCCUCUAAAGUCACAAUUUUCCCUUUAGUGAACAUAACUACUUCAUUUGUUGCUGAGGAAGAUACUGUUAGAAGAAUUAGUGAAAAAGAAGCAAAAGCUGAUUUGGAGAAGGGUAAAAUGGAGAAGAAUGAUUCAACAAAACAGCUAAUACUAACUGGUGAUAAUAACAAUGACAAGACGGAAACCAAAGAGACUGUGUUAGCACCAGGUAUAUCUUACGAGUUUAACUUUUAUACACUUGACAGUCAAUUUUUCAUGAUAACUAAACAAAAUAAUGUUACGUUUACAGAAUUUAAGACCACAAAAUGUGAGUCUUUGGAUAAUAAAAGUAAAGGCAAACUCAAACAUGUGAAGCGACAUAUUCCAUCAGCUUCAACUGCAAUUCUCAUGGGAUGCAUUCUUGGCAUUCUCCAGACGAUUUUCCUUAUAUUUCUGGCGAAACCAAUUUUAAGCUUAAUGGGUGUGAAAUCUGAUUCUCCUAUGCUUUCUCCAGCAAAGAAGUAUUUGACCUUGAGGGCAAUUGGUGCCCCUGCAGUCCUUCUUUCUUUGGCAAUGCAAGGCGUUUUUCGCGGUUUCAAGGAUACUAGAACUCCGUUAUUUGCUACUGUUGCUGGAGAUUUGACAAACAUAAUUUUGGACCCAAUCUUUAUUUUUGUUUUCCGUUGGGGUGUUAGUGGUGCUGCCAUUGCUCAUGUUCUUUCUCAGUACUUGAUAUCGAUUAUUCUCCUAUUUAAAUUGAUGACAGAAGUUGAUCUAUUACCUCCUAGCGCGAAAGAUCUGCAGUUCAGCAAAUUUCUCAAGAAUGGAUUUUGGUUACUAGCAAGGGUGAUAGCUGUUACAUUUUGUGUGACAUUGGCUGCAUCGUUGGCUGCACGAUUAGGCACAACACAGAUGGCUGCAUUUCAAGUUUGCUUACAAAUCUGGCUAACAUCAUCUCUGCUUGCUGAUGGAUUAGCUGUAGCAGGACAGGCAAUACUUGCUUCUUCAUUUGCUGGGAACGACUUCCAAAAGGCAAAGGCUGCAGGAGUUCGAGUCCUACAGAUGGGAUUAGUGUUGGGAUUCGGACUUGCUAUAGUCGUUGCAAUUGGGUUAUACUUCGGAUCAGGAGUCUUUUCAAAGGACAAAAAUGUUAUCCGUUUCAUAAUCAUUGCCAUCCCGUUUGUUGCUGGUACACAACCAAUCAAUUCAGUGGCAUUUGUGUUAGAUGGUGUCAACUUUGGAGCAAAUGAUUUUGCAUACUCUGCAUAUUCCAUGGUUUUGGUUGGUGCACUAACUAUAACCUGUGAGUUUGUCCUUUCAAAAACCAAUGGCUACAUUGGUAUAUGGAUUGCUUUAGCCAUAUUCAUGGUCCUGCGUACAUUUGCCGGUUUAUGGAGGAUGGGGACAGGAACAGGACCAUGGCGUUUUCUGCGGGUUCCACCGAUGUCAGCAGAAGUCAAGUCAUAGAGUUGCUAGAGCACUUAUGUGACUAUA